UCCUUGGAAAGUUUAACAACUUUCCUGCUUCGAUUCUUGGACUGUUUCAUGGUAUCAGAGCUACUCGAUUACUACUGAUAUGGAUGAUGAAAGUCUCUCUAGCUCUAAGAGCAAGCACAAGGUGACGAACCUAGAACAGAUAGUUCGCAACAAUGAUCAGUUAAAGAAUUUCAGCUUUCCAUACUCCUUACCUACUAUUGCUGUAAAACUGGGAGAAAAGAAUCACAAUUGCUGGAGGUCUCAAGUACUGCCAGUUUUUACAUUGUUUCAGCUUGAAGGUUUUGUCAAUGGUGAACGGCCUUGUCCUGAACCUUUUAUAUUGAGUAAAUCUGAUGAAACUGGAGAUCUGGAGCGACCAGCCACAUUAGCUCAACUUUUCAGCAUCUUGACAAUAGCAGUCCUUAUUGUGGAAUAGAAAAGCUGCAAGUUGGAAAUGGUCAGUUUCUUCCUUUUACUUAUGUUGGUGACUUCUCUUUUC